AUGCUUGAUCUCGAAUCAUUCGGCUUGUCCUCGCUGUUUUCUGUCGAGGGGAAGGUGUGUAGGUCGCAACGUAGAGCUACAGCUACUGAAAUUCUUAGACUACUACCUGGCGACGUCGGGUCUAAACAAAGAGUCGAUGAGCUGGUGAAUGGGCUACAAAAGCUUGAGGAUCACAUCGACGUGUUGAUCAAUUGCGCUGGAAUAAAUCGUCCUUGGAAAGCUGAAGCAUCAGAGUUUGAUGGUCGACACAACGAUCCUGACGCAGUCGAGAAGUUGUUGUGGCACGGCCUUGAUGAUGAAAAUUUCCAGUCGACCUAUUCAAUCAAUGUCAACGGCGUCUACUUUAUGAGCACGAGGAUGGUUCCCCUUUUACGCAAGUCACCAGCUCCGACGGUCAUCGUCAUUGCCUCUAUAGCAGGAAUGAUGCUACAACGGCUGCGACACUGCACUGUGCAAGUCUACUCGCCUCGCGAUUCACACCGUAAGUCCUUCAUUCUAGUGAUAGAGGCUUCAUGGACUGAUGGAUCUCUUAACAGCUUCAAAAUACGGGUCAACACGAUUCUCCCGGGUAUCUUCCCUUCCGAGAUGACUGGCGUCUCUGCGAAACCUGAUCUCAGCGAUCUGAUAGAGUCCAAUCCCCAAGCGGCAAAGGCAGUGGCACGAUGCCCGGCUGGGCGAGCGGGAGCAGAAACAGAGAUCGUUGGGCCUUGCCUCUUUUUGGCUUCAGCGGCAGGUGGUUACAUGAACAACGCGAGAAUUACCGUUGACGGGGGACGCCUGAUGGCGGCCGGAUCGAAUGACGGCGUUCGCAUGGAGGAUUGGACGUAUGUAUAG